GCCUCCACUGUCUGGCAUUGGCAUUCUAUCGUCACUUGUCACUUGAAAUUGUUUUGUACUGAUUUAAUAUUUUUAUAGUGAAAACUAUACUUUUAGAAGAAAUUGUUUAUUAGAAAUUAAACAUAAAUUCAUACGAUGGAAGCGGAAAACUUCACUAAACAGGAAGAGGAGGUUGAGGCUUUGGCCUCCAUAUAUGGAGACGAUUGGUUCGUAGAGAGCCAUAAAACGAGAUCGUAUAGCAUAAAAAUCGUGGAGAAGGAGUAUGAGGUUACAUUAUAUGUUACUAUGCCAAAGGAUUACCCUUCCCAGUCACCCCCCAGCUACGAACUUUCCGCGCCCUGGAUGGAUCGAAACGACAAGGCGGAACUGCAUCAAGCUUUAGACGAAAUCUAUUUAGAGAAUGUUGGUGAAAGUGUAAUUUUCCAAUGGGUAGAGAAGAUAAGAGAGGUGCUACAGACUAUAAAACCCAGCAAAAGAGAAAUGAAUAGGAAGAAGAGCCGCUCUAAAUCCAAGUCUCCCACGGAAUCUAUGACAUCAUUGGUAGAAAGUGCGUGUCCAGAAAUAACCCAUGCUGAAGUCAUUAUAGACAGAAAGAGUAUAUUCCAAGGUCAUGCAGCUGAAGUUCAUUCCAUUGAUGAUGUAAAUGCGGUCCUCACAAAACUGAAGAUGAAUAAAAAGAUAUCUAACGCGACACACAAUAUGUUCGCUUACCGCAUCCAGAAGAAGACUGGCAAGGGUACCACCAUCCUGCAGGACUGUGACGACGACGGCGAGGCGCACGCCGGCGGCAGGAUGCUGCAUCUACUGCAGAUUUUGGACCAGAAGAAUACACUAGUCGUUGUUUCUCGCUGGUACGGUGGCAUACAGCUUGGCCCCGACAGAUUCCGUCACAUCAACAAUGCCACGAGACAGGCUAUCCAACAAGCUGGACUUUUGAAGAAAUGACAGACUGCGUAGCCAAGGCUCGGAAACCGGUUAAAUUUUCAAACCGUUAUUAUGUACUUGUACGCAAAACCUUUACAUUGGGUUUCGUUCGCGAAACCGGUUUUUUUAAACCGGUAUUUGGAACAGUAUUUUCAUAAAGGUUUUUUCGGAUUAACCGGUUUAGAGCAAUAAAAACCGGUUAAUACGACGCACAUCAAAAAAACGCCGCGCGCUGUUCAGCUUAUUUCAAUAAUAAUAUUUCAACGCGUGUACCGACAUGCCCCUCGUCGAAUAAACCGGUUAAUUUAGGUUAAAAUAAAGUUCUUUAAUGUUCACGUUCUUAAGAAAAGUUCGGAGGAAAACCGAUAUAAACCGGUAUUAACCGGUAUUUUUUAAACCGGUUCCGAGCCUUGUGCGUAGCAGUUAAUUAUAGUGUAUGUUAUAAAAUUGUGAUGUACAGGUUGUGUUAGAAUGAACGAAAGUUUAUUCUAGUACAUCUUGUCGGUACUUAAAAUUAUUGAAUUUUCUACUGUAAUGUAACAUGAUAGAGUCCAAUCUGAUAGCAUUUGGUUGUAAUUUUUUUUUUUAUACAUGACUUGUGUUGUAUUAUGCUACAUUCGGUAGUAACAGAUAUUAUUAGUUUUUUAGCUAUCCAAAAUCCUAUUUCAAGGAAUAAUUUUGUCAUAAUGAAACUGUUUCUCUGUACCCAUAGAACGAGUUUGCUUUACGAAAACGAAACGAGAGUGCGUUCAGCGCUCUGAUUGGCCGGCUCGAAAGAACCAACCAAUCAGAGUGUCGAACGCACUCGUUAAACGUAAAACAGACUCGUACUAAGUUUUUUAUUAAAUCCAACUAAACAGUAAUAAACCUAGUAGUGCCUUUGCAUAUUAAUCAGAUGUCAAGAAAUAUUUUAAUUAUAACAGCUUAUACACCCUUUUCGCAGAUAGAUCUUAACUAUACGAUACCACAAGUCUAUACAUAUAUAUAAUUGUAUUGUUUUAAAUACACCUAUAGAGGAAUGAUAUACAACUUUAUACCUUAUGACAGUAAUAUUAUAGUCGAUUUUCAAAAACAGUUGUCACCAUGUAGGUGUUCAUUUCUGUUAUAAGACUUAUUAGUAGUAGCUAUGUAUUUUUUAGUGGAACAUAGUAAUGUUUGUGAUUUUAUUAGAUCUUGUAUGUGUAUAUUAAUGUUUAAUUGUAAAUAUUGUUCCUAGUUAAAUAUGUAAGGGUGUAAAUUGUUCAUAGAUUUUCUUAUUACUUACCAAAUAGAAAUGAUAUUAUGUGUAAAUGAAAUUAUUAAGCUAUCGUUUUGAGAAAUAAGGAUUCUAAGUUGAUACUAAAUCUAAUGUAAUUAAAUAUAAUUUGAUGCUGUGAAAUUGUAAAUGAAAAUAAAAGUCUUUAAUUUGUAAAA